UAUUGAAGAAAUCAUGAUAAGAAUUUCUAAAAUAGCUUAACAAAAUUAUUGAUCAUUAAUUUAAAAAUACAACUAAAUGAAAAAUUAUUGAGUAUAAACAAGAAAAAACUAAAUGUUUGUCCUAGAAUAAUUCAUAAAUUACAAAAGUUAUUGGAAGGAAAAUUUGUCUUCGGCUUUGCCAGUAAGUUGUUUUUUCCUCCUUCUUCGAUUGUUAUUGUUUCUUUACAUUUUUCUAUUGUGGUAAAAACAUUGAACUUCUUGUUUUGCCUAAAAAAUUAACAAUAAGUGGAACAAAAAAUUAUGAUAUUGGAUGAAAUUGUGUCAUGGUAUCAGAAAAAGAUUGGCACAUAUGACAAGGAACCAUGGGAAAAAACAGUUGAACAAAAGAUACUGGAUGGUUUCAGCAGUGUGACAUUGAAAACAGCUAAAUUGAAAACUGAACUUAUUGAUGUGGAUUUAGUUAGAGGCUCUACAUUUCCUAAAGCAAAACCAAAACAAUCUCUCUUAACUGUUAUACGUUUGGCUGUAUUGCGUUAUUUACUUUUGCCACUUUAUGCACAAUGGUGGGUGAAACAAACAUCGCCGAAUGCUUUUGGCCUGUUGCUUUUUCUAUAUAUAACACAAAUGAUAAAUUGGGCGGUUUACACAUUUAAUGUCAACCGUUCAGAACUAAAUGAUGAAUUAGUUUCAAUUAAAACCAAUAACACAAAUAAUAAUGCUGCAGAUAAAGUAACGGAAAAUGAGCACAUAGUUUCCAUAUCAGAACUUUUAAUACCCAUGGUUUUAAGCCUUUUCCUUAGUUUAAUACACUCACAGAUUGUGGCCACAAACAUUGCUCAGAGUGGCACCAAGUGUAAAAGACGACGUUAUUCAAAUACCAGCCAAAAUGGUAAACCUGCAAAAGAGAACAAAUUGCGUCGGCGUAAAAAGUUGGUAAAACUGCGUAAUCACGAUUUAUUGGUUGAAAAUACUGCAAUCAAAUCCUUGUCACUUAAAAAAUAUGCUGCUGGUAGCACAGAGAUUUUAACCAAGUCAAAUUCAGAGAUUUCUUCUAAUGCCUCUACCAAUACUGCUACAACAACAAUACUUUCGACUAAACAAUGCAAUACCACAUCACCUACAGCCACAACGCAAGACAUAUUACUUUUACAAUCUCAUUCUACAACAUGCACAUCAAACCUGCCUCUAACUCAGACUGUUGCUAGUAAUAAAUUAAAAUUAAAUCUAGUGGAAACUCUGUGCCCGCAUUCAAAUUCUGAAGAUCUCCUACAUUUAGACAACGACACUGAGUGUUCGAUUAGAAAACGCAAUGUCAAUUGGCAUUCUCCUAUUCACAAAUAUGCCAUCACCACAACAACAUCGACCCAAGAAAAACAACAGCAAACAUCUCCACAAUCCAUAUCCACCACUAGCAGUACUCAUACAUCACAUGUUGGUGAUAACUCUAGUAUUUCGUCAGGCAGUACGUCACCUGUUUCGCCUACAAAAACAGUACGUAUCGAUGAAUGUGUGCAGGAAUUCUACGAUGAUCUAAUCAAUCGUACCACAGAGCCCCUAACAAAAGCCUCUACAGAUUCAACUGAAGCGGGUGUUGUUAGAGGCGUUAGUACGGUUUCCAAUGCUCGUCGUGCUGUUGGCGAGGAUGAUGGUUUUGAAAGUCUUAAUGGUAAAAGUUCAAGUGGGGAGGAUACAAACGCUUCACCUCAUGUAACAAAAAAUCAAUUACGUUUACGUUUAAACACCAUGGACAAUCAUCAACGUCUGCAGAAUGAGCCUUUACAGCAAAAUACCACUUCCAUUUGUUAUCGUCGAAAAGGAGUAAAUCUUACGACCAUAGAUAAUACUGAUUAUAUGACAACAACGAAACAAAUGAAUAGUGCAAAACCACGUGAUAUAAGUAGCGAGGAAACUGAGGAUGAGGGCGAUGAUGGCGAACUUAUAUCCAGUCCGGCUUCACAAGGCAAUAUAUCAAACUAUAACGAAUGUACAACAUCAGCUACAGAAUGGUUGGGCAUAACAACAAACAGCGAUGACUGCAGUUAUAGUUCAGAGUAUGACAAUUCAGAUAAUUAUAAAAGUAAUCAGUAUUCUGAUGAAAAUGAUUGUGAUUUGGAUUUUACGCCUACCACUAUAUUAAAUCCCCAUGGAACAAGUGAUAGAAUUAGUUGUACAAUUUGGGAUCAACGUGAAAUAAAAAAAGCACAAAUGUCGGUCUUGGAAAUAUCAUCUUGUAUCAUUGAUAAUGUCGAAUCAAUGCCAGAAACAAAUGAUUACAUAUACAUUGGUAUAUUCUUUUCAUUGCUCUUGUCUUUGAUACCGUGCUUUUGUCGUUUGUGCGAAGUAACACUUGAUACGGAAAAUCCCAACGAAAUAAAUUAUUUAGAUUUGCCCAUGAUGUUGUGGGAAAAGGCCUCAUUUUCAUUUAUGGCAAUUUUUCGUUUUGCCUUCGGCCAUACACAAUGGGAACGUACAGUAUUGGUUAUUGGUUUAAUACAACGCAUCUGUUUGACACUUGUGCUUUUUAUGAUUUUUGCUGUGGCCGAAAGGACAUUUAAGCAAAGGUUUUUAUAUGCAAAGCUUUUUUCGCAUUUAACAUCUUCACGUCGGGCUAGAAAAUCCAAUUUACCCCAUUUUAGAUUGAAUAAAGUGCGAAAUAUUAAAACCUGGUUGAGUGUUAGAUCAUAUUUGAAGAAACGUGGACCUCAGCGUUCGGUGGACAUUAUAGUAUCAGCUGCUUUUAUUAUCACCUUACUAUUGUUAGCAUUUUUAAGUGUGGAAUGGCUUAAGGAUUCAGUACAUUUACACUCACACUUAAAUUUAGAGGCUCUUAUGUGGUCCACCACAAUUGGUAUAUUUCUGUUGCGCUUUAUGACAUUGGGCAACAAAAUUCACCACAAAUAUCGUAGCGUUUCUGUAUUGAUAACAGAGCAAAUAAAUUUAUAUUUACAGAUUGAAAAGAAACCGAAAAAGAAAGAUGAACUAAUGGUUUCAAAUAGCGUUUUAAAAUUAGCGUCUGAUCUUCUAAAAGAACUGGAAACACCUUUUAAAAUAUCUGGCCUUAGUGCCAAUCCUUAUCUGUUUACCACCAUUAAAGUGGUUAUACUUUCAGCUUUAUCCGGUGUUCUUAGUGAAAUGUUGGGCUUUAAGCUUAAACUACAUAAAAUUAAAAUUAAAUAAAGUACCUUCUAUAUUUUCUUUUGUUA